AUGGAUCUUUUACUUGUGAGCCCAUCAGUCUCCUCUCAAAUUUUGCAAUCUUCUUCAACCGAUUUAUGUGUCGUUUGCGGCGACAAAGCAAUCGGGAAACAUUAUGGAGCUGUGGCGUGCAAUGGAUGCAAAGGAUUCUUCCGACGAUCAGUCUGGCAAAAUCUUCAAUACACAUGCCGUUUCAAUAAACAGUGCAAUAUUGACAAAGAUCACCGAAAUGCUUGCCGUUAUUGCCGAUUUCAAAAGUGUUUAGCUGACGGAAUGAAGCCUGAAGCUAUUCAAAAUGAGCGUGAUCGGAUUGGAUCGACGAAGAGAAGAAAACGAAGCUUGAAUGGGGAUAAUAACUCAGAUUCUGAGGGGACUCCGUCACCGAAAAUCGAGAUGGCUUCAGCUUCAGCUUCAAGAAGACUUGUUGAAAUGUUGUUGGAUAUUGAGAACAGAUUAAUUGGAAACCUAUCGAUGAAUGCUUUAUUGCAUGAAGAUGUUGAGUCCAAGAACAGCCGACAACGAGCCGUGAACAGCUUGAUUCAGUGGACGAAUAUGUUGCAUCCUUUCCCAGAGUUGCCUUUCCCAGACAAGGUCCUCAUCCUCAAGGCUUGCUCCGGAUCGUUUGCCCUUCUUGGCACCGUUCAAAGGAGUAUCUCUGUGCCGCAUCUCAUCCUACCAAACGAUCAAGUUCUUUCCGUUUCACCAAUGCUUCCAUCUGAACUCGUUGCGGCACUCACUCGCAUCUUGGACGAAUUGUUGACGCCAUUGCGGAGACUUCAUAUAGAGCAAGCCGAGUUCUGCUGCUUGAAGGCUCUCCUCUUGUUGAAUCCCGACGUGAGCGGUGUAUCAAUGGAAACAAAAGGGAAAUUGAGAGAUGCACGCGAUGGUUUAUUGAGAGCUUUCUUCACCUAUCUCUCCCAAACACAUUCAGCUGUGGAUGCGAGCUUGAGGGUCUCCUCGCUUUUGAUGGUGAUCCCAUCUCUACAACUUGUCGCCAAUUCCAUCACCGAACUUCCCCAUAUCGGCAGUCUUUUCGGUCUCUGUGAAUUGGACAGAAAAGAGAAUUCCCCUCCACCAUCCGUCCUUCCACCACCACAACCCGCGUCACCAAUCUUUGAGACAAAACCGGAGCUCUUGUUUAAGGACAACAUUUUCGCGAAUUUGAUGGUUCAAUCCACAUUGGCUGAUUUGCAGAAGAGUCUUCCGAAUCCACUCUUUUCAAUCGCUGCUCUCUCUCCAUCACAAUCCCCAGCGAUCACUUUACCUAUGAAUUUCUUCCAAAACUCAUUACCGAUGUGCACUUCAGCCGGUCAACUUCCAAUGAAAGUGUUCACGAAU